AUGGCAGAUAGUGAAAUUAAAAGGCAUAUCAAUUCACCACGUGGUGAUUUGAUACACCACGGUGGCUAUUCUCCUGCAAAACAAGAACAAUACUCUCAAUAUUUAAAGAAACUCCGUCAGGAUUUUGUUGAGUCAUGGGAUGAUAAAUCUGAAAGUAAUGCAAAGUUGAAUGAUUUUGAAAGACAAAAAGUUUUAGGAACAGGAGCAUUUGGUAUUGUUUUUCUUGUAAAGCAUAUUGUAACAGGUAAAUAUUAUGCUAUGAAAAUGCUCGAAAAAGAGAAAAUUGUUAGAUUGAAACAAAUUGAGCACAGCUACUACGAAAAAAAGAUUCUCUGUGGCUUAAAUUUUCCUUUUGUUGUUUACAUGAAAUACUAUUUUAAGGAUAACGUUUAUCUUUAUUACGUUCUACCUUUCAUAGCCGGUGGGGAAAUGUUUUCACAUUUACGUAAAAUGGGCAAGUUUGAAGAAACUUCUGCAAAAUUUUACGGAGCACAAGUUAUACUAGCUUUAGAAUAUCUGCACGCUUGUGAAUUAGUAUAUCGAGAUCUAAAGCCCGAGAAUAUAUUAAUAGAUCGUACAGGUUAUAUCAAAAUUACUGACUUCGGUUUCUGUAAGCUUAUCCGCGGUAGGACUUGGACACUUUGCGGUACUCCAGAAUAUUUAGCACCCGAAAUCAUUCUAAGCAAAGGCUAUGGAAUGUCAGUCGACUGGUGGUCCCUAGGGGUAUUACUUUUCGAAAUGAGUGCCGGGCAUCCACCAUUUUUUGCUUCAGAUCCAAUGAGAAUUUAUGAAAAAAUUGUGGCAGGAAAAUAUAGAUGUCCAUCACAUUUUUCUGUUGAAUUAAAAGAUAUAAUAGGACAUGUUUUACAAGUCGACACAACAAGACGUUACGGAACUCUUAAAGACGGCGUAUUGGAUUUUAAAAAUCAUAAAUGGUUUAGAGAAAUCGAUUGGGAUAGUAUUUUGAAUAGUCGCAUACAUCCGCCGUUUUUUCCAAAGAUACGUUCACCAGGCGACACCGCUAAUUUCGAUGUUUUUGAUGAAGAAAAAAUUAAAGACAGUCCAGUAUGUCUUUAUGAAGAAGAAUUUGCUGAUUUUUAA